UGUUGCUAGGGUGCUAGCGGGUUUUUACUUUUCUUGUUGAAAUAAGCAGGCCGCGUCCACACCAUUAUGACCUUAAAGUGACAAAUGCCUCAAAGAUGCAUCUUUUAUUUUAAACAGAGGUCUUUCUUUCUUCGUGGGCUAAACAAACAGCAUCGGAGGACAACUCUACGACCCACAUCAAGGCGAAAAGUCGUUACAUGCUAGCGUAGCAUCCUCGCUGUGAGUUGGUAUGCCAACAGGUCUCUGCAGUUUCUGUCACCAGAUGUUUUGAUUAACCGUGAUUAUGUGAAGACGACGGUUUCUUUGCAUUUCAGAGUAAAAUCAAGAGAGAGGGCAGUUUUUUUAAAUGCUUCCUUGAUUUGACGAUCCACUACCUCAGCUGAGUUCAGCAUAAUCCUCGAACAAGCUGUCAAGAUGGAGCAGCAGAGAGCAAAGACAUGACACAGGAAAGCGUUUUAUGCUUCUAGAAAUAACCAUCUACUGGAAGGACAUAGAAUGAUAAAUGUUUUCACGCACAUGCCCACUUUCUCAUGACACCAGCAGGGAGAUAUGGGCAUCUUAAGACUGGUAGCCAGAAUCAUGGGUAGGAUCAGUACUUUCAGGUCCUAUCAGUUUUUGCUGCUCCUGGCUGCUGCCUUGGCUGUCGUUGCUUUUUACUACUUUGGCUCAGAGAGGCAGAACUUCUCCAGCACCACAAAGAGGAUCAAGCAGAGCCAGGUCAGCCACAACAUCAACAGGAAUGAUGCAGACCUGACUGUGGACAUGCGGCUCACACACCCAGCUGGAUCUGAAGAGCUGGCAGGGGAAGAGAGUGACGCGGGAGGGGAGAGCGAGGGGUUUUUGACUAGGAGGAGGGAUAGUGGAGCUGUUGACGAACACUACCACGCACUCAUGAUGUUCACCAAGGUUGACAAAAGCCGCAGCCUGCAGGACAAGUUCAGGGUGGCUAUGUUGUCAAUGGUUAAGCACGCACACUUCCUGGAAGGAGAGGUGUUGGUCCUUCAUUUUGUAAGUGAUCCAGCUAGCAGAGAGCUGGGAGAGAAGAUGCUGCAAGAGCUUCUCCUUGAUGCCGCGUUUAAGUAUGAGGUUUUGUUCCAUGAUGUGGACUCACUCACACAUAAGCUCUUUCCUAUCGUGGAGGCCAUGCAGAAACACUUCAGCUCUGGCUCUGGAGCUUACUACAGCGACGCCAUCUUCUUCCUGUCUGUAGCCAUGCAUCACAUCAUGCCGGAAAGUCUGACACGCAUUCUCCAACUUGACCUAGAUCUGAAAUACAGGACCAACAUCAGAGACCUUUUCCAUGAGUUUGAUCGUUUCCCUCCAGGAGCAGUCAUUGGCAUUACCAGAGAGAUGCAGCCAGUCUACAGACACACCUUCUGGCAGUAUCGCAAGGAGAACCCUCAGACCAGAGUCGGGGAACCUCCCCCUGAUGGCCUCCCGGGCUUUAACAGCGGUGUAAUGUUACUGGACUUGGGCGCAAUGAGGGCCUCUGUUCUCUAUAACAAGCUGCUGGAGCCACACAAUGUGGCCAAACUAGCCGACCAGUACCGCUUCAGGGGCCACCUUGGUGAUCAGGACUUCUUCACUAUGAUCGGCAUGGAGCACCCUGAACUGUUUUAUCCCCUGGCCUGUGGAUGGAACCGGCAGCUGUGCACCUGGUGGAGGGACCAUGGAUACGGAGAGGUGUUUCAGUUGUAUUAUCGCUGUAAUGGACCUGUUUAUAUCUACCAUGGCAACUGUAACUCCCCAAUACCAGAUGACUGAUGUAGAGGACCCAUGCUGGUAAUUAAAAAAGGUCUUUGAUGUCUACAGCAAAAUUUAAGGGAAAUUUAAACUUUUUUGGAGGGAGGACUGGCUUUUGUAUCAGUUUUUUACAGACUCUGCCCCCUGCUGGUCAAGGGGCUUCAAGAGGGCCCAUCUAUACAGUAGCGCUAUGAAUAUGGUUCUCACUGGUGUCGGUUUUUAAAUACAUUUUCACAAUUAAAGCCCAGAAAUACAUCUUGGUCCCUACAAGAAGCCAAAAUGACUACUUUCUUGUUGAAUUUGACUGGCUUAUGCAGCACCUUCUUAGAUGACGAUGGAUUGUGGAAGAAUUUAAGCCAUUUUCAGAGGACAAGGGCUAAUGUCAAAACAGAUGCAACUAUUAACAUCACACAUUGUCAAAAUUAAUGCUUGAUUGUUUUGAUUUUAUCUGCUGAAGUACAUAUUGAUUUAGAUAAAAUAUAUUUUGAGGAUAAACCACUAUCAUGACUAACACAUGGUGUUUGAAAUGGAUAUUUGGUCACAAAGUGUAUUAUUGUGCAUACUUCCAUACCUUUUUUACAAAUCGAAAAGUCUGAAAACUUUCCUCACAUCCUCUACUUUGAUUUCCAGCGAAGUGACUUAACUUGCUUACUCUGUUUCUUUUAUAUCACUGUAAGGUCAUGUCAGGUGACGGUUCAUCUAGGGACUUGUGCGUCCAUCUUUUGUAGCUUGAGAUAGGUAGGAGCAUGCUGCCACAUCUCUAUUCAGACCCAUCUUAUUGAAGAUUUGAAAUGAGCUGUAAGGAGGAGGAUGUCGGGGAAGUAAUGGUAAACAAUAAUGGUACUUGGGGCUGUUGUUCAUGCCCUGCCUUUUUAGUUUAGCUGAGGUCAAACAGUCCCAUCAGCCUCAAACAUUUCAGAAGGAGUGAAUCUGCCGGGAAACGUGACUCAAGACACUGACCCAGUUUUUGAGUUUUUUUCUAACUGUGCUCACUGAACUGACACUCAGAUUCAAAGAAAUGUCAACACUCAAUAUUCACCAGACAGGAAAUUGUCUUAGGUGAUGCACAUCACACACACACACAUUACUGCAAGCGAAGCAGCUGAAUGCUCCUCACAGUCAAUAGAGCCAAAGAGGCUGCUGGAGACACUUGAGACCAGGCAUUAUUCCAGCUCAAUUCACUUGCUUUGAACUCACCCUGAAGCUGAUCAAUACUUUUUCUGCCCCUGGCAGGACAACAAUCUGUACCCUCUAUGGUGCUAAAAACCUUUGUUAGUUCAGAAAAAAACAUGGAUCACAGAUAAAAUGAACCCAUUUCCACUCUCAGCUCCUGUUUGCACUUUACAAUUUAAGAAUGCUUCGAUGUAAAGGGAUUUUAUUUGCAAGUAGCUAACCAUUUUACAUCUUUUAUUGUUUUGUUAUUGUUUCAUUUUAAUGGUUUUGUGUUGUGCACUGAAGUCCAUACAUUUAUGUUUGUGUAUAUUUCCUAGUCCUGAGCAACAGCUGGUUUUAAUCUCAAGUUUGUUUGUUUUUUAAUUUGGAAAAAAUGUAGAGACUCAAUAACAUUGCACUGGCAAUCCAUUACAGUGGUUCAGUUUUUGUCACUACAUAAAAAUACAAGUUUGCAAUUGUUUGUGGGACAGUUCAGUGUCCCUGAAAGGAUAAAUAUCUGUGGAGUAAUGGUGCAUCAGUCAACCAGGUACAUGUCAAAGAUGUCUAGCAUCCCAGCAGGGAGCGGCAAAAGUGGUCUUGUCGUGUUAUAUACAGACAUAUAUAAAGACAUUCUGGCUGCAGACCGUUCAUCCUUGAAGGCAAAUCUCACAGACCAUUCAUCUAAGACACUAUAAAUCUCAGAACCCAACCCUUAUCUGUUGGUAGAAGGUGUUUCCAGUUUUAUCUUUUUUAAAUUCAACUGUAUUUAUAAAGUCUGGCAGUGACAUUCAUAAAAUAACAAAAUUGCAACAUUACAGCAAACUAAGCAACAUUUCGUAAAUAAAAUAGAGACAGGUCAGUGGUCUAAUCUAGGAUAAGAGAAAUUAUGCAUGGACCUGUUGUAGUAGUUGUUACAUGAAUGCUGGCUAAGCUAAAGCUAAUUAUAGCUACGUGGCUAAGUAAUUAAUGUUCCUAUAUAAGCAAACGUGGCUAAGCCAGCUUUAAGUACCCUUGGGUUUAUCCAGGUAUGCUGUUUAUGUUAAGAGUUAUAGUGACACUUUGUUUUACAGCUCCGUUAUCUGCCUCCUCUUUACUCCAUUUUUCGCAGUUACUGUGAAGUCUUCAGCAAAUGCUAGAAUAUUUGGUUCCAAUGAAAUGAUGUUUUUUUUGUCUUAAAAAACCCAUCAUGUGUUUACUUUACAGUUAUUUAUUGUACUUUUUUUUUUUCUUUUUGAUGAACUGAAGUGGAAAUAAUGCAAAUGUGAAAUGGAGUAUGUAUGAUGUUUUAUGGGCUUAUUUUGACUCCUCUCAUACUUCCUUAGGAGAUUCAAGAUGUCAGAAAGUGGAAAUGAUUUGUUUUAGAUGCUGUAAUUGUGAAAAUUAGGGCCAAUACCAAUGUUUACAAUAACAAUGUAGGCGAGGAUGUUUUUUCCAUCACUUCCUUUGGUGUAACACUCCCAAUAUAACAACCCUAUCUCAAGUGGUUGACCCUAAAAAAAACAGUUAUUUAAAUCAGCAGUCAGGUGUACUAGAUGCCAGCAUUAUAUUAACUAAAUCAUGUCAUGCUACAUUAUUUGCCAAUGGCCGAUGUCUGUCAACAGGUCUGAUAUUAGUUGAUAUGGAUGUUAUACUGAUGUCUCUGUGCACCCCUAGUUUUUCCUUGAUAAAAAUGUGAUGAUCUUUCCUCAGAAACUUUUCCAGUUUUGUUGCAUCACUGUGAUACACGUUUUUUAAAUCAAUAACUUGAAUGUGCAAUGUUAACUUUUAAGGGCUAUAGAUGUUUGUAAAAUACAUGUAAAAAAGUAGGAUUCAUAUGUAAAUGCUUUGGAAUAUGUAUUAUAAAGCUGCUGUGUUCAGUGUUAAGGGGCAAUUUAAAAUGUUUUACUGACACCAAAAGCAAUGUAAAGCAGCUCAAAUCAGUAUUUUUAAAUUUUCUCUCUUCUUCAGAUGUACAGUAAACUUCUUUUUGUUCUAAUAUUUGUCUCUGCAUUUUUCCAUGUCUUUUGUUAAUAUGAUGGUCAGAUUUCCUAAAUAAAAUAUUAAACAAUAUUGUAAAGUGGCAGUGGACAAACC